UCUGUUCAACAUGGUUGCCAAUAGCCGCUUAUGUAAUAUAUUUAAGUAAAUCGUAUAAUUUCCCUCACGGGACAGGCUUUGCCUAGUGUGGGGGUCAGAAUAAAUUGUAACUUGCUCUAAUAUUUUUUUUGGAAAUAAACUAUUUGUAUUUGUAUUUGUUGUUUAAGUACGUAAAUGGACGGCAUAAAUUUGCAGCUUGCUAGAUGCGCUUCACUCUUUAGUUUAGAAGCUAUUUUAUAACAUACGAUUAAAAUAAAAAUUAAAUUUAGAAUACAUUACAUCAUCAAAAAUUAAAUUAAUCACUUUUCUAAUGUCACCCUGUAUGAAACAUGACGUAAACAAAACAAAAGUACAAUAGCCAACAAUUUUAAAAACACCAUACAGCGAAACGAACAUGUCUUCAAAAUGUGGUAGUCUCUAUUUUGCAGGUUAAUCACCUUGGUAAACCGGCACCUCACUCGCACCUAAGUAAACUUACUAUUGCUAGAAAGGGAUACAAGAUCUUGUUCGAAACCGACUGAGUAAAGUAUUGUGUUUUGAAUAUGUUUUAUAAUUAUAGUUUAGUGUGACAUAGUCUACAGCAUAAGCUACAGAAGCGUGACUUUUUGAUAACUUUACAAAACUUUUACGAUAACAAAUACAUCUAUUGUAACAUUUUCUUGGUUUUAGGUGGGUCAAAGUGAAAAUACUAAAGAUGGGCGUAUUCACCAGUAAAAGUCCGGAGUAUGAGCCAGUUCUCAGUCACGAGUUCCUUUGCGAUGCACUCACCAAGUGGUAUGGACAGCCGGCACACUACGCACAUUGUUUCUACCUCGACGACCUAUCAACAUCUUUCACCAGCGAAGUGGUCCAAUGGAAAGUCAACACACAGUUCGAAGAAAACCAACACACAUAUGCAGAACUCAUGCUUAAACACCACCCCAGAAAUAAAACCAGAGGCCUGAGCUUCAGAAGCGCAGAUUUCUUUAAAAACGAAAUUAAUUUCUAUGAAAAACUUCUAACUGAACUUCUAGAGUUCCAGAAUUCGAAAGAAAUUUCUGGAAAAUACGACAACCAUGUCAAACUAUGUUUCACCCACUGUGAUGGAAAGAAUGACAUGAUAUGUCUACAAGACGUUAGAACUGAAGGAUUUAAAAUCAACGAAAUAAUAGAUAUAGAACAUGGGAAAUUAAUUUUAAAAACAUUAGCGAGAUUCCAUGCCCUUUCAUUUGCGUUUAAAACUGAAAAUCCUGUGAAAUAUAAGACGAUAACUAAAGAAAUUACUGAAACAUACUAUGAUGAAAGAUUUUGGAGUUGGUACAAGAAAUUAUGGAGUCAAAUAUGCGUUGUAGCUAUAAAUGCUAUUGAAAACGAAUAUCCAAAUAGCAUUUAUGUAAAUAAAAUAAGAGAAUUCGCUGUACCGAAACGUUUUAAAGAUUUGACAAAAGCAGUUAAACAAAAUAACGUUAUUUUGCAUGGAGAUUGCAGAUCUAAUAACUAUUUAUUUAAAUAUAUCAAUGAAAUACCAGUUGAUGUUAAAAUGGUGGAUUUUCAACAAGUUAGAUGUGCUAGUCCAGUACUAGAUGUAUCAAGUGUAAUUUAUAGUAAUGAAGCAUUAUUAAAAGAUUACGAAGGACUUUUGAAGUAUUAUCACGGAAAUUUGGCCAUAAGGAUAAAAGAACUCAAUGGUGAACCUGAUGUAUAUACAUUUGAUAUUUUUAUGGAAGAUGUGAAGAAAUAUUCGUAUUUUGGUCUCGCAUUCAGCUUUGAGGCGGCGUGUACUAAGCUGACGUAUGCUGAUAUAACGAAUAAAGUGUGUGAUGAAUGGAUAUGUGCUGACGUAAACAAAUAUAAAAUAGUCGACAUAGCGGAUGCCUACGAAAUCAAGAAUUUGGAAAAAGAAGACCGCCAAAACCUGGCCAAUAGCAUUGUACACUGUAUUGACAACGAUUAUAUUUGAACUACAGACAGUUUCAUCUCAGUCACAAGCCAAACU